GUCAAACGCUCUCUGAUUCCCCACAGCGAUCAGAUGAGAGAGCUGCACGUUUCUCUCUGUGUCUCCGGGUCCAUGUUGGAGUUGAUCUGCUAUGCUGGGUCAUUUCAGGCCACGUCUGUCCGAUCACAGGAGCAAACGCUGAUAUUACAUGGAUAUCUAAUAAAGGACAUACACACAUACUGUGCUGCAGCUUCGAGUUUUCCCACCAGUCAUCAGUUACCAUGGAUAUUCAUUUAAUUAUACAGCACAGCACAUUUUUUCAUAUUCAGCUAAAUGCCGCUUCCUGCAGCAUGGGCGGUGCCAGGAUGUUUCGCUAACAGUAUAUCAUUGCAAAGCAGAGAUUUUCAUGUUGGGAGGGAUUUUUGCACCUCAGCCCUGGCAGGACUAAGCGCUCCCACAUCUUUCUGCCUCUGCUGCUCCAAACCACUCUGGGACGACUCCGAUAUCACAAAGAACAAGAUAUCAGUGAGUCCGUGGAUGACAAAAGAAUGAAGUUUAAGGUCUAAUAUACAGCAGUAUGUCAGAGCAAGCAGACAAAUGCACCUCCCGCUGGAAAGAUGAGCCCAUGCAGAAUGGGUACAUACCAAGUUACCUGGACAAAGAUGAGCUGUGUGUUGUGUGUGGAGACAAAGCGACUGGCUACCAUUACCGUUGCAUUACCUGUGAGGGCUGCAAAGGUUUUUUUCGACGCACAAUUCAGAAGAAUUUAAACCCGACAUACGCUUGCAAGUAUGAGGGAAAGUGUGUCAUUGACAAAGUCACUCGCAACCAGUGCCAAGAAUGUCGCUUCAAGAAAUGCAUUGCUGUUGGCAUGGCAACAGACUUGGUGUUGGAUGACAGUAAGCGUCUAGCCAAGCGGAAGCUGAUUGAGGAGAACCGUGAACGGCGGCGACGCGAGGAGCUGCAAAAGACGGUCUGGGAGCGGCCCGAGCCCACGCAGGAGGAGUGGGAGCUGAUCCGGGUUGUCACAGAGGCGCAUAUGGCCACAAAUGCCCAAGGCAACCACUGGAAACAGAAGCGUAAAUUCCUGGUCGAGGAAGCAAUGCUACUUAAUGAAAUAACAUGUAAUUUAUUCUGUACUUCUGACCAGAGUGCAGUGGGGGUGAAGGAAGCAAAGCCGGAGGACAUCGGUUCGGCACCCAUCGUCAAUGCACCAGAAGGGAGCAAAGUGGACAUAGAAGCCUUCAGUCAGUUUACAAAAAUUAUCACCCCCGCAAUCACUCGUGUCGUUGAUUUUGCCAAAAAGCUGCCCAUGUUCUGUGAGCUGCCUUGUGAGGACCAGAUCAUUUUGCUGAAGGGUUGCUGUAUGGAGAUCAUGUCUCUGCGAGCGGCGGUGCGCUAUGAUCCCGAGAGCGAGACUCUAACGUUGAAUGGGGAGAUGGCCGUCACACGAGGCCAGCUCAAGAACGGGGGUCUGGGUGUGGUCUCAGAUGCCAUUUUUGAUCUGGGCGUCUCGCUGUCCUCCUUCAACUUGGAUGAUUCAGAGGUGGCGUUGCUACAAGCCGUGAUUUUGCUUUCCUCCGAUCGUCCAGGUUUAACGAGCGUAGAACGGAUAGAGCGUUGUCAGGAGGAGUUUCUCUUGGCCUUUGAACAUUACAUCAACUACCGUAAGCACAAGGUGGCUCACUUCUGGCCCAAGCUGCUGAUGAAGGUGACAGACCUACGCAUGAUUGGUGCCUGCCAUGCCAGCCGCUUCCUGCACAUGAAGGUGGAAUGUCCCACAGAGCUCUUUCCGCCCCUCUUCCUGGAAGUGUUCGAAGACUGAUGGCCAACCAAUCAGGCCAGGCUGCUCCCACCAACACCAACCUCCACAAAUCCGACCUCCCCUCGAACUCUGUGUCCCUGUUCCUGGUCACAUGAACACUGUUUUUGUUCCUGGUCACUACUGAGCAUAAUUUCAUUCCAUAGUUUUAGGAGUAGCUCUCUGGCCUAAUUUGAAUGGAACCAUUCCUUUUACAAAGCGGGUACAUGUGAAUAGCAUUACAGUUUGUUUUCUUUCACUCUUUGUUUGUAAAAAACAAAACAAAAAAAACAAUCACCUUUCUGUUACUCAAUUUUUUUUGCUAAAUUGUUUUAUUUCUAAUCAUAGUCUCUGAUGCCGCUUAAGUGAGAUGUAUGAACUAUGCAUUUGGGUUUCAUGUCACGUCAGUCCUCAGAAAAAAGCGCCACACUGCAAAGGGGGGUAGCAAUACCUUUUUUCCCUUCAUUUCCCUUAUCUGUUGGUUGAAAGGUCUUUUCAUGCUCACAUUAAGACAUAGAUUGGUAAUAGUUCUGUUCCAAAACUCAAUGAGCUGCCUACCUAGGCAACAUUUCCCUAGAUAGAGAGUGUACAAAAGCAAAAUCACGACUGAGGGCUCUUUAAUAUCUCAAUUGUUUGUCCUACACAAGAUCGCUAAAUGGAAAGCGAAUUAAGACAUUUGGUAAAUUAAAUUUUCCUGCUGCUGCUCUAGAGGAAGACCACAGUAAUAUUACACCUCAGCUGCCUCAAUAACAAAUUCAUUCAAAGAUAGUUGAUUUCAAUAGUCAAUUUCUACCAAGACCUAAUGAUCUGCGGCUAUCCACAUUCAUUUUAUAGCUCUGUACUCUUACUUUUUCAAUAACAGUCUCAUUUGUCUCCUAAUGUAUGUGCAGUAACUUCGAUUGAGUAAAUGCCGAGGACAAAUUACGAGUAUGGGUUACUAUAAUUGGCAUUCAUGUCAUGUCAAAGUAUAUAGAUCAAAUAGUUCAAGCUAAUUAGCAAUGAAAUAUUUCACCCAAUAUGUGUGUGCUGUAUGUAUCCCAGUUUUGCAUAGCUUAGCAACAUGCUAACAUCAAACUCUAUUGGAUUAAUUGUGAGUUUCCCUUUCAUUCAUGUGAGGAGCACUGAUUUGGAAUGUUCUACAUUGUCAGAUGCUUUCUGUGCCAUACUAGUACUACAUCACUUAUCAGGUUCCAUUUCAUUUGGCAUGCUUCCUUUAAGGCAUAUGUUGGCAAUAGACAAUAAAGCAGCUUACUUGGUUUUGGAAUUGGAACUGUUCUCUGAAAAAAAGUGGGCAAGGUGAACAAAACAUUUCUAAAUGGCAAUGUGGCAUCAGUUUUAAUGGUGGUUAGACCCCUGAGUAAAAUGUUUCUUUGUCAGUACACCUAAAAGCUUACUGGGCAAGUGGACCUUCAUGAUACCUUAGUUAGAGUUCACAGAAAGAGUAAAUUCCAGUUAUACAUAGCACAUAAAAGGUUUUUUGAUGAUCUCAUAUGUUGAUCUCUAUAAACUUUAGUCCUUGAGGAAAGGUUUUUGACUGUCAGCAGAAAACACAUUAAAAGCCCAUGAGAGACUCUCUAGCCAGCAUACACUCACAUUAGCUCAUAAUGCCUCUAUUAAGGUGCCAAAAACUUCCCUGAAAAUCAUACUCUGCUUGGACUUGUGUUGAGCUGCUUGGAGGAACUUGAGGUCAUAUUUGUACCCAGCCAUAACUAGACCUAUUAAACUGCUGGGAUGGAACUCUGUUCAGUUUAUUUUUUCUUCUCUUCUAUAGCUGUCACACGAUAGACCAAGGCAAUGCUUCUGCUUGAACUUGUUGGUGCUAUGAGUUUGCCGAUUUAUACCUCCAGGACUGUUGUCAUUUAACCUCUGAAUGGUCUGGGUGAUUGACACACGUAAAUACACACAACGCUGAGGUCAGUGGUCAACCCUUCAAUGUUCAGGGAUGCUUUUGGAUGUGUCUGUGAUGUUGUUUCAGCUGUUCUCAUUUCUUUCCUGGUUUUCUUGUUUUACUGUAGUGUUUUUUAUCUUUCUAGAGACAUCCUUGUGUGCUGCAAAAGGGUUUGAAUCUCACAUACCUCUACUGAUUAUCAGGAACCGCCAGAACUGUUGUUGUUUUUUUUUUUUUUUUUGCUGUUGAAAAACGGACAUGAAUUCAGAAUCGCACCUCAAAACGCAGCACAUGUUCAAUCAGUGUUCUGUUAUAGUGAUUCCUUUUUUAAGCAAUAGAAUUGCUCCAGUGGUUUUACAUGUUUUGGAUUAUACAUUUAAACGUACAUGCCAACGUAGAUGUUAAACAGACUCAAAGUCAUUGCACAGACAAUCAAUGUGUCAGCAGAGGGUGUUAUAGAAAGAUGUAGAGGGAAGUAAAGGCCACAGCCAGGAUCUAAAAUUAACUUAUACACCACAACUGUCAGUGGCAGGUGACCUGACUCUUUGCUCAACUCCACACCAAUAACUUUUUACAUUUGCUUACGCAGACAAGCUUGACAGGACGUCCCAAUUUGUAAUAAUUUAGUAAAAUUUAAUUUACAGCUUUUCCCAAAUCUAUUUUUGUUGCACAAAAGACACACAAUUUGUGAUUCUUCAGUAGAUUUUAGUAGUUUAUAUUGUUUGAAUUUAAUCGCUCACAAGAUUCAGAAAAUUGUUUUUACAAUUUGAUUUAAACCAUGUAUUAUGUUGUUGCUAAUAAUAUUACCAGCCAUCUGGCAAGUAAACACUUAUGUACUUGCUAAAGCCUUUUUUUUUUCUUUUCUUUUUUCUUUCUGUGCCGGCACUUGGUGAGUGUUAAUUUUGGACCCUGGCCACAGAUCAGCACAUGCAUGCACAGACACGCUGGGAGUCAAUACUAUUUCCUCUGAGUGCAUAAGUAAAAAAAAAAAAGCACUACAAAAAUAAAGAUAUUUAUGGUGUAAAGAAAAGGCUGUAUUUUUUUUCAGACUGCAGAUAUUUUUUACAUGUUAUAUGCACAAUAUUAACAUUUUCCAGUUUUACACACUAGCAGAAAACAAAAGACUGUCUUUUUUCAAAAAGUCCUGUUUUUUAGCAGUCCCGGUUCACUGGUGAUCUCUCCUUAUUAUGUGUUUCAUUCUAAAUCCAUUGUUUAACCAUGUUAAUGACAACUAAUAUAUACUUUUUAACUUAUAAUCAUAACAUAAACAAAAAAUCCAGCACAACCAAUCACAAAAAGUGAUUCUCUGUGUGUGGGAAUGAAACCUAAAGGCCAUAGUCAAAGAAACUGACCAGAUAUCACCAGGCUAAACUGAAAGAAAUAGACCCCUAGAAACAAUCACAGUACAUGUACUUCUGUUUCUCUAUGUCUUAGUUAACACUUACCUGACCACAUCCACAGUAUGCUGGUUGCAUGAAUAAGUGAACUUUGAAUGUGAAUCAGUUAUCCAACAUUACAAGCAAAUGUAUUUUACUUUCUCUUCAGUGUCUUUUUUUCUUUACUUUACUUUACUUUUAUUUUAUUUUAUUACCAAAAUGAACGUAUUGCUCAGGCUUACUGUGUGACAGUGGAGCCUUGAAUUAAAUUCAAGUUUGGAUCAUGAUGAUUUGGAUAUCCUGGAAGAGACAUUGCACUAGAAAUAUAAUCCUGGAUUUGGCAAAAAAUGAUGACGGUGAUGAUAUUUGCACCUAAGGUGAAUAGGAGAAUAAAGAUGGUUUUGAGAAACUCCUGAAA